UCGGGUUCGGGUGCCACUUCGGAUAUCGGGUAAAGUGCCCACCCCUAGUUUGAAGUGUGAAUGGCUACCAAAAAGAUUUAUACUAUUAGGUGACAAUCCACCUUAGUUGAUAUUUAGGUUUUGGCUUAGGGUACAAGCCACCAAUUUGACAUCUUCCACCACACAAAAGUUAAUAAAUUAUGAAACUCAAAAGUCUUUUUUUUUUGUCAAAACAAGUCUUAAUCGCAAAGAAAUCAAAUAACAUAUAAUAUCCCAAGUUAAUUUUUUUUUUACUAGAAAAUAACGAGCUCGGGAAGAAAGUUUCCUCCAAAAGCAAACACGUCUAUCAGUUAAAAAUGGAAGAUGACAAAAUGGUAGCUUGCACAGUAAGCCAAAACCCUAAGAAGGAAGUUAUCAAUUGUGAAUUGUUCCCCAAAAUUUUAUAAUAUAUAGUUUUUUCCAGAAAGAACACGAACAAUUCAAAGUCUUAAUCGUAAAGAAAUCAAAUCUAUAUAAACUGGUAAAGGAAUAUAAAAAGCAAACAAAUAAAAUAAAAUAAAAACCUUAUAAAGAGCACACAGAAAUCUCACGUGUCCCGCAGCUGUACAUUUGCUACCAGCGCCACGCGUGUUUCCAGACGAUAUCUGAGACAAAGAGCUGUUCACACCUUAAUCUAUCAGACAGAAAUUUCUAGUUUACUGUUCUUGUUUUUAUAUAGGUGCCUCCCGUUUUAGCUUUUCCGCAUAUUUGUUUUGCUGUUUCUGUGUCUAAACGAUGGAGAAAGAAGACAACGGUCCAAACCAGAGCUCCUCUGCUUCUAUAGAACCCUCCAGAAGAAGAAGAAGAGCCGCUGAGCCAGUUGAUACGACGUUAAGUAGAUGGGUGAAGGAAGAAGAGGAGGAGGAAGGGUUGAAGAGAACCCGUAGGGUUCAAGCCAAAGGUUCGAGGAAAGGUUGCAUGAGAGGUAAAGGCGGACCGGAGAACCCGGUUUGCCGGUUUAGAGGCGUUCGACAAAGGGUUUGGGGGAAAUGGGUGGCUGAGAUACGCGAGCCUGUGAACCAACGUGGCGGAAACUCGAAGCGUCUUUGGCUUGGAACGUUCGAUACUGCAGCUGACGCCGCCUUGGCUUACGAUAGAGCUGCUAGUGCCAUGUAUGGACGCUAUGCCCGGUUAAAUUUCCCGGACGGUUUAGGAAACGGUCAGGAUGAUGAAAUGAAGAAAACUGAUGAGGCAGAGAGUUCUAGAAGCUAUUGGUUGGAAACUUGCAACGUAUCUGAAACAGGUAAUAGCGUGGUGGUGGACAAGAAAGAUGGGGAGGAUUAUUUAUAUGAAGACUGUAUUGAACUUGGUCAAGACAAGAUUGAGAAACUUGGUCGUAUGGCUGAUAACGAGAUAGUGAAAUCAGAGGAAGAUUACAUGUUUGAUGGAUUUGAAUUGGAUAACGGACUGUUGUACAAUGAAUCUGGUCAUUACCAUGGAGGUGGAUUUGAACCUUAUUUAGAGCACUUCAGGUUUUAGCUAGGGGUUUUACGUUGCAUCAUUAAACUGUCGUUUGAAAUAUUUUCAGCUUUCAAUUAAUAAUAUCUUUAUCUUGCUGGUAGACGUAACUAAUUGGUAAACCAUGUUAGAAUUCUGUGGAUCUAUUUGUGUGUAUAUUAAUCUGAUGUUGGUCAUAUUACUUGCACAUCUCAAUUUUUUUAGUAUGGAUUUGGAUCAAUAUUCGUAUAUUAGUUGACAUCUUAAUUUUGGACAUAUAUCUGAAAUCCUCAUAACUCAGGGAAACAUAAUCAUAAAAUUCUUAGAUAUGUGAACCGCUUCUAUUGUGCUUGUAGCUCAUGUAGUUUUUAACUUUUUAUUAACCAUCCCCGAGAGAAUGCAGUUCAGAUGAAUCAGAUCUAAUUUUAACCUGGAGUUUGAACUGAAAUGCUACAAACUCAAAAAUUGAAAUGAAAAAUACAGGGAAAAAAAAAGAUAUGAUAUAAGAGAGGUUCAUCGGUUCAAAAAUAUUUCAUUUCACUGGUUUAACUAGCACAUGAUCGAUGCAAAAGUUUGGUUUGCUCAAAUGUGUAGUGAUGUUUAUCUGUUGCACGGAAGCCAAUAUAUUUCAUUCAUUUAUUCAUACAUCUUUUAGCUGAUAUUAGUAGCCAACUAGCCAUAUAACAAACUUUAAUUAGCUCGUAUAAGUUGGGGGGGGGGGGGGGGACCAUAAAAGAUGCUCAUAUAUUUAUAAUCCAUUAACAAACUUAAAUUUGGAAGUAUACUAAUCUGCAAUAUCCCAAAGAAUGCAUUUUCACGGAAUACACUAUCUUCAAAGAAUGAGUGUUAUUUAGCAGAGUUGGAUUUAAUAGGCCUAAGAAUUAUAAAGUACACGAGUAAGCCAGAGAACUGAAACCAGCCUUUUACAUCGUAUAUUGGGCAAAUGUGCAGAGCGUUUCGUUAUAAUAAUUGAAUAUUAUAGUGUUGCGACGCCGUUCAGCAUCAGGCAGAGAGCAGCCUCACAUGACUUGCGGUCCCAGCAAAAUAUACAGAAGAAGACCUAUCCAACCUUUGACAUUAUUUACUUCUCGAAUACCUGAUUAUGCACGACUGCACGUUAGUAUACAGAAACACUAAUGCGAUAUGGCAAAGAUCAUAUUACAUAAUGUUUUGUUUUUGAAAGCAUAUACAUAAUGUUUCAAAAAAAUAUCAUAUUACAUAACAACAGUAUAAUCACUAGACCACGUUGAGAACAAAUAAUCACAUUAUAUGCCAUGGAAAAUGAUUCUCCUUUUUGUUAGUUUCAAAUAUAUCGUCUACCUCCACGAAAUAGUGAUAGUAUUUUCGUAAGUCAGCCUUCUAAAGUUAUCAGUGUUACAUUCAAAAUAGUAUAAAACGAGCUUAUACUAAGUGGUACUUUUAGUGGGCACUAGUAGUUAUCUAUAUAUAAGGUCCAUUUUUUGUUUGUUAAACUGUAAGGUCCAUUAGGAUACACUUUCCCUAGUAUGUACAAUAUACUCAUAGAGAGCAACUCUUUAACUCAGGACCACAAAUAUAUGACCACAAAAUAUAUAAAAGGUUCUGCUAAACUUAAAUUGGAAGAGAAGCAAACACAUAAUGCAAAUUAGAAACUAAAAUUUACAGAUUACCAGUGUUCUCUUUUUUUUCUUAAAUAUUAUCUAAUUUUAAUUCAAUAAAGAUACAUAUAUAGUAAGGAAAGGAGUGUAAGCGUGGAUGAAGAACCAUCAAGGUCCAAGAAGAUAAUAUACGCUUAAAUAUAAUGAAAAGACUGAAAAUGAAACCUAUGAGAAAAAAACGUUACUGUAUAUAAAUAUAUAUAUGCAUGUUGGCCCACGUGGUUCAUGCAACAGAGCAUAUCUGUUCCCCACCUAGCCUGGCCCCAGCCAGAGGCACUACAAAGUAAGUAAUUCCUAACAAAUCUAAAAGCGAAGGAGAAAAUAAUUUGCUAAUGAUAUUGCAACUUUGGCGAGUAAAUGUACGAAUACAUCUACGUCACUGACUGGGGUUUCGCACUUUCUCAAAAUAACUGGUUCUGAAAGUUUUGCCCGGCAUUAAUCAAUCAUGCUUUACCAAAACGCCAAUAACAACACUAAUUGUAAUUAACAAGAUACAGAUAGAUACCUGUCGGUGGCUGACUUCACCGGAGAAAGAGACUAAUUUUCUUUGAUCAAAGAGAAAAAGGAAGAAAGCAAGAAAAAGGUGGUGAUAUUAAAAGUGCUAAAGUGAAACUCUAAACAAAAUUGAUAUUGAUUUUUGAAGUUGUUGAUAUAUCUGUGAAAGCCUUUUUCACUGCAGUAAGGAGAGCCAAUGAAACUCAGGAUGGACAGCGCCAAAAAUAUCGAUGUGAAUGAGAUUAUGAUGGCGCUAUCCCUCCUGAGCUUUACAGAUUCUUCUCUACUUUCUUUUUUCUUGUUACUAAAAAUGAAAAAUGAUAAAGAGACUUGAGAGGAAAGUGAAGGUAAGAGGAUGGGAGUGGAGAAGGAGAAGAGGUUGUGUUAUUUAUAGAUAGAUGAUGCGAGUUUAAGGAAUUCAAAGGAACACACGUCAUCUUCUCUUCGUUGAGCAUGAAAUAAUUCAAUUGCAUAUUUUAACAGCAGUGUUUUGGAAGUAUUACUUUUUUCUGUAACAAUUUCUACAUCUAAAAUUAUUUAUUUAAAUUUUUAGCUUUUUUGGUGGGAAAAUUAUUGCUUUACUUAUACUAUAUAGUCCAGAUGUGAUUUAUUGGAUCCCAUAUAGUAGUUUGUUUGACUUUCAUUAUUAUCCUCAGGUCCUGAUUUACAGAAAUGAAGGAGGCUAAAUUCAAAUACAUUAUAAAUGCUUUUGUUGACGAAUCAAUUUUGGAUGCAUAUAUUCUAAUACACUAUGAUAUCGUAGUAUCCUGGACUUUAAGUAUAUGAUUAGAUAUCAACAUUAGUAUGUAUAUAUAAUUAUAUAUUAGCAUUACAGUAGUUUAAUGAAAUUUUCAGGGACUCAAAGAUUUGUGUAUAUCAAUGGAAAAUUGAAGGUCUAAAAAACCUAGAAACCUAUUGAAAGUUAUAUGAACUUGCUGUUGCUUUUUAUUCUUCAUAACCAUAUUUCUCUAAAGGGCGGUGAAGCUAGUCAACCAUCUAUUGGGGGUCAAAAUUGUUUUAAGAUUCUAAGAAGCCAAUAUUUAGUGUAAAAACGUCUAAAGCUAUAUUGGUAAUUGUCCUUGUAUGCAUGUUUAAGGUCAUGAGUUCAAAUCAAUGUAUAUAAUUAUUACCAAAAAAAAUUAUAUAAUUUAUAUGUUUGAGAGCCUAAAAUAUUCAGGCACGGCCAGUCCUGUUUGUCUACCACAAAUCGUUGAUUCGAGAUUCAAUAUAUGUAACAAUUUAUACAUCUAUAAUAGAGAUGUAUUAAUAUUUAGUGUUAAUGAUUUUGUUAACAAUUCAUAUAAUUAAAUGAAUGUUAAUGAUUUUGUUUUGUUUUUUCAUUUUACAAAAUUUGAUUUUUUUCGACAUUAGACUCAGAAAUUCGUACAUAAUUAAUCUGAAUAUUUUAGGAUCAAGUGAGGGCGUCCCCUUUUUGGAGCAACCUCCAUGUGUUCUAAAUAGCAGGAGAACUCCCAAAUAUAAGAAGAAUAAAAUACAAAAAUACACACAAGAAUAAUCAAUAGAUAUAUCAUAUAUGUACAGAAAUCUUUUUUUUGGGGUGAAAGUACAGAAAUCUUUAAUUGGCUGAUUUUACAAAUAUUCAAUCAGACAUAAUUCAGUUUCAUUUGGCUAAGCUUUUCUUUAGGUCUUUAUCAUAGACAACAGCUCUCAAUCAAAUAGCCGCUUAUAUUAAUGCUAAAAAGAUUUUGGGAAGCACAUAAAUAAAUGAAGAAGAAAGAUAGCUGAUAAUUAGUUGGAGUGUUAUUUUGCUAUACAUGAAUUCUGUAGUCUCUACACAGUUGUGCACUUGUUCUCUUGUGGUGUCACGACAUUGAAUUUAUGAAUACAGCUAUGAGCUAUCUUAAUUAUGGAUAUAUAUAUUUAUUUUUUUUGAUCAAAAAAUAUACUUCCUCCGUUUUAUAUUAAGUGUAGUUGUAGAAAUUUUUUUUGUUAUAAAAUAAAUGUCGUUUUCGGCUUUCAAUGCAAACUUUAUUAAUUUUAUUCAGAAAUUUAUUUUUUAUUGGUUGAAAUUUGGUUAGAUAUAUAGGUAAUAUUGUUUUUAUAUAUGAAAUAUACAAAAUUAAUUGUUUCAUUAAUAUGUGUGUACAAACUCAAAAUUACAUUUAAAAUGAAAUAUAGAUGAAUAUAAUUUUUUUUCCUUGGUAUAUUUUUGUAUGUAUAGUAGCUUCAGUCAAACCGAGGUUGGUAAGAAUAUUAGUAUUUACAUUCACAAUUUUACAUCGCGUUUAGAACAUUAUGAAUAAGGGCUUGACUGGUUCAAACACAUCGAUUGCGGUUACGGUUGCAGGAGUUUGCGGAUGCGGAUGGUUGCGGUUUCUAGCGAUUUUGAGAUAUAUGUACGACUGGUUCUGCAGUUAAAAAUUGGUGUGUUUGCGAGAUGCUUAUGACUGGUUAACUACCCAAUGCAACAACGGUUAAAUAAUAAAUUACCAAUAUUUACAUUUUAUAUAAUUAUAAAAAUAUCAAAAAUCAUAAUAUUAUUAUAUAUAUAAAAAUUAUAUUUAGAAAGUUAUAGUUUUAAAUUUUUAAAAAUUAUAGAAAAUAUUUUUUAAAAUUUUUACAAUAUUAACUAAAAUAUAAUAGAUAUAUUUUAGUAUUUUUAUAAUUCCAAUUUAAAAUUUUUAUUAAAUAUUUUUAUUUUUUGGAAUUAUAUUGCUUAAAAAAAAUUAUCCUGCAGCAACCGUCCGCAACUGCAAACGCUAGCUGAAACUAUCUUUUGAUUUUAUGAGAUUUAGAGCAGUUUGAAGUAGUUUAGAACGGUUUGAAUGAUUGUUACAAAACACCAACAACCACUAACAACCGUAAAAAUUGCGUUUUACGGGUGUAGCGGGAAAACCAGUCAUACCCUAAAUCCUAUACACUUGAUUUGGGAUAUAAUGUUAUUAGAAUAUUUGGCGUUCAAGGGAUAAAUAGAUGUUAAAGGCUCGAGUGAAUCAAAUUGACAUCGUCAUGACAAUCUAAUUUUCUGAUGUUAUAAAAGAAGUAAAGAAGUGAUUGUUUGGAAAUCUGGUUGUUGGCUUUUAAACUAUAUAAUUUGUUACUGUAAAUUAAUGGUUGUACCAUAAUAGAAAGAAAGAGUCAACUUCACGUUUCUAUCAAUUUCAUAUUUUAUUUUAGGAUUACAUAUAAUUACUUUCAGAAAAAGAGACUAAACAAUCAAAAAAAAAAAUUGUAACAAACUUUUAUGACAUUUGGUUUAAAACCAUUACAAUUAUGUUUCUAACUAGCAACGAAUUAUCAAAAAUCCACCUUAAAUAUUUAAUCUUAAAAAACUAUAUCAAUAAUUUUGGAUAACAAUACCUAUGAAUUAUAAAAUCAUGAAAGUUUAACCGGUUAAGGUGCGGUUUUAAAUAGUUAACCAAAUGAUUAAUUAAGCUUGAGAAUAUCAUUUUUAACAGUUUUAUGCGUGUUAAAAUAAAAUAGAAAAAUAACAGAUAAGAAUAAAAAUAUAGGAAUGAUGAGGAAUAACGAAAGGAGAUUAUUCAUUAUCAAUUUAACGAAGAACAAAUUUGUUCUAUUUUACUUUACAAUUUAAAAAAAUGAAAAAAAAUUAUUCUGGUGAAAAAAUAGAAAUAUUAAAAACUAUAGUAUUUUUCUUGAUUCCUUUGAUUAUUUUGGUCACCGCUCACCAGUUACACCCUAUGUGAACUUAUUGUAUUAUUUAUAAUCAAGAACUUGAGACACCCAAAAAUUGAAAUAUCUUCUAUUUUGAUCAAGUGUUUGUUUCUAUGGAACUUUAAAAAUCUUUAAACGAAGCAAUUCAUAGAAUCAGGAUAGUGGGGGAAGCCUCCAUAUAAAAGGAAACAAUAAACAUUCAAAAGUAUAAUUGGCCGAAAAUUUGCAAAGACAUUCACUCUGACAAAUUUAACUUCAUCUGAUCAGCUUUUCGUUAAAAUGGUCAUCAUCCGCACAUUCUUCAAUCAAUGGGGGUCUUCAUCACUUUAUAUACGUCAGAAAGAAAAAACGAAGAACGAGUUUCUUCGAUAAAUCCAAAAAGGUCGAGAUAUAUGAUAGAGGAAAUAAUGGGAGGAAAUCGAAACAAUUAUUGGAGCGUCACUUCAGGGCGGCUUUAUGAUUCUUUCCUGCCAACUUUGCAGUUACUCCACCUUCUACUUCGUGACACAGAAUUUAAUAUACACAGCUUUUCAUGCACAUGUUGCUUUAGGGUAUGACGAUAACCAUAUUUCGAAAUUAUCAAUAACUUAACUGAUGAUAUAAUUAGCAACGGACCAACAUCAAAUAUAGCUGUUGAAUCAAUAAACUCUUUUUAAUCAAAAAGACUUAUGUAGCGGUAAUGUAGAAUGGGUUUAAUUUAUACAGACAAGAAGAGAAUAUCAAUGACUAACACAAUUUCGAAUAAUUUCAUAAGAUUUUAGACAUUGCUCCAAACAACAAGAACUUGAAGAAUUUUAUAUUUAUUCAUAUUAAAACCCCCAUUUUUACAACAAGUGUGACUCAACUCAAAAUGUUUUGAAAUCACAAAUCUUUGUGCUAAAUAAUGAGCAUUUUCUUGAAACCAAUUAAGGUUCUCGAGAGCAAAACCAUGAUGCCAUUACCUUUGUCGAAACUUCAACUUAGUUUUCAUAUGGAAUUGAUCUAAAGUUGAUGAUGAAUUAACAUCUUUCCCGAGGCUAAUUAAUCUAUACCAUUAAAUUGAAGGACAUAGUUAUGGUCAAUAAAAAAUGAUUCAGCAGUAAAGUACUAGUCAAAAGUACAAAAAAAAAA